AUGGACGCUACACGUCAGAAGUCUCAUAGCAGUUCAGGAAGAGCGACGGGAGGAUCGUACCGGAAAAGACGUUCAACGGGGCGCAGCGGGUGGCGAAAAGCUGAACAACGCGAAGAAGCUUACCGUGACAGACAGACAGCUUACAGCACGCUGACCGGACUGCACUUCUGUCCGUCAGUUGUACCAUACUCUCUCUACAAAAACCUGCUGCAAGAGAACAAGAAGUCUGUCACACCUUCACCACUAGAGAUUACCGCAUCCAAAGGGGAAGCUCAAGCUGGCACCUGCGCUGUCACAAACUGGCAACUCUGUCACUCUAUUACGCGAGGGGUGUCAGUGUCGCUGAGGACGGACCAACACGUGGUAGUACGUUCUUAUGCGAGGGUGAAUAAUAUUGCUCGUGUUUGGUGUUUGAGAGACUACAGAAUUUCUCUUGCUUCUGUUCAAAAUAUUCCACAAGAAUUGGCACUUCUGUUCUAUAUGGAGAACAAAGGAUUCAACGUUGAGAAGCAGGAUUCCUAUGAGCUGAAGGCCUCCCCACGGAACGGAAACGAGAUCGUGCCCGUGUGCCCCUGCCAAGAGAGCCAGACGAACUGCUCCUGCAGGGACCCGAAGGAAGCCAAACCUCAGAUUCAGGUGCUCUCGUGGACAAGUUCGAAAGGCUGGAUCCUGCUUGCUGUGGGAUUUUGCUUCGGAGUCUGGAUGGCAGUUUUCUUCACGUUGUUUGCACUUGGGAUGGUUUAGAAAAAAAAGUUACUGAAUUUCAGGAAGAAGAAAGGACAAAUGCUUGUGGAAGUGAACUGUUGUUGUGUAUUUUUCAUUGAAGAGUCCUGGGAAUACCACGUUUUAAGAUAAUAAGAAAAACAUACAUGAAUAAUGGUGUACAUAAUAUCUAACAAUUCUGGUUUAGACAAUGAUUUGCAAGUAAAUAAUAGUAUCGUGGGAAAUGCGAGUCUCCCCAACGAAAGAGAGAACGAAGAUGGCUUCAAAGAAAACGUGACCUCGAUAGGCAACGAUAAGAGGGGAAACUGUACAAAACAAGGCAACUCUUCCUCGGCACAAAGUGUGGUACAGGUAUGCAAAUCCUGUCAACACCUCUAUGACGGGCAGCCCACAGUUGUUCUCACGCCCAACACACUCACCCACGCCCAUCAUCAUCACCCGCCGCCUCGCAAGCAGGCGAAGCCAUGGGCAGCUAGAAGGUACGAGGGGCUGUGUGUGUGCGCGGAGACGGGCGGCAUGUGUCGCUGCGGCGUGAGCAAGGGGUCCAAGUGGCAGCGCCUCCUGCCCCGCAACGCCCCCUGGUGGCCCAGGACCAAGGUCGUCCUCCUCACCCUCGCCGCCCUCACACCAUGGGCAUGUCUCGUCCUCUACUUCAUCUUCGCCUACAGGACGUGAAAGCCCUUCGGUUCUCGUGGCCAGUUGAUAUAUAUAUAUAUAUAUAUAUAUAUAUAUAUAUAUAUAUAUGAUGUGUUGUACAAGGACUUGGACUCAAUUCAUUUAUUUUUUAUAGUCAAAUGCCCAUUUUCCCCUUCGCUUUUCCACAUAUUUCGUUUUGCACAUUGUAGUGUUGUUAGUAUUUUUAUAUUUUCUCCCCCUCUCUUCAACCAGAUUAUUAUUGCAAAUACUAUAGAUAAUCGUCCAUUUCAUAACAUAUUUCCUCCCCGAAAUCCUUGCUUCCUUGUUCAUAUUUCGUUGUUACACCAACUUUCAUCUCUCUUUUCUGGGUUUCAUGCAUUUCGAUUGUAAGUCCAUGAUACGUUACUUCACAUAGGAUAACGCCCCAGGAAAUGGUAUUAACGCAAGUUUUGCCCAAGGCACUCCCAGAAGAGUGCAGUAUUCCUUCGGCUCAAGUUCGUCAUGGUGCUUCCGCUUCCAGAGUGUGUAAAGAGGGGCGUGUGACUCUCUUUGCUGCUGGAGUAUGUGAUAUCUACAACGCAAUUUCCAUGAAAGUGUUAUAUUUAGGUUAUUAGUCCUCCUCCUCACGGUGACUAUUUAUGCUAAGGCUUGCGUGCUCGCAUCUGUAAUAUAAAUGAUUAAUCAGAUAAUGGACUAUCUAUUCUUUGAUUUAUACAAUACUGCUUUGAUAAUCAGAUUUUAAAGCGAAUAUUGAGAUGUGAUUUCCAUUUUGUCAUUAACAGUUAUACUUAUAUAGCGAUACAGAAAUAUAUAUGGACAAAUGCAAUUAGGUGAAAAAUAAAUCUAAGUGCACUAA